AUCAUCAUCAUCAUCCUCUUCCUCUUUCAUCAAUCACAGACUCACCUUAUCCUCUCUCUUAGAUCUGAACAAGAAAUGGAGAAAUCCGGGUACGGCAGAGACGGCAUAUACCGAUCACUCCGUCCUCCCCUCGUCCUCCCCAAAGACCCCAACACCUCCUUAGUCUCUUUCCUCUUCCGCAACUCCUCCUCCUCCUACCCUUCCAAACCAUCCAUCAUCGACUCCGACUCCGGCGUCUCCUUAUCCUUCUCCGACCUCAAAUCCUCCGUCGCUAGACUCGCCCGCGGGUUCCUCCGCCUGGGCAUCCGCCAAAACGACGUCGUUUUGAUCUUCGCCCCGAACUCGUACCAGUUCCCUCUCUGCUUCCUCGCCGUCUCCGCCAUCGGCGCCGUUUUCACCACCGCGAAUCCUCUCUACACCACCAACGAGGUCUCCAAGCAGAUCAAGGACUCCAACCCGAAGCUCAUCAUCUCCGUCCAGCAGCUCUUCGAUAAAGUCAAGGACUUUAACCUCCCCGUUGUUCUCCUCGGAUCAUCUAACGAGAGUCUUGAACCAAACUCGAAGAUCCUCUCUUUCAAGAACGUGAUGGAGCUCUCCGACCAAGUUUCAGAUCUCCCCGUCGUUGAGAUCAAGCAAACCGACACAGCUGCACUCUUGUAUUCGUCGGGGACCACGGGGAUAAGCAAAGGCGUUGAGCUGACUCACGGGAACUUUAUUGCGGCGUCUCUGAUGGUGACGAUGGAUCAGGAUCUUAUGGGAGAGUACCACGGCGUGUUCUUGUGUUUUCUCCCCAUGUUCCACGUGUUUGGUCUUGCUGUGAUUGCUUAUUCUCAGCUUCAGAGAGGGAACGCUUUGGUCUCUAUGGCGAGGUUCGAGCUUGAGUUGCUUCUUAAGAAUAUCGAGAAGUAUAGAGUCACUCAGCUUUGGGUUGUUCCUCCUGUGUUUCUUGCUCUUGCUAAGCAGAGUGUUGUGAAAAAGUAUGAUCUUUCUUCGCUCAAGUACAUUGGAUCAGGAGCUGCUCCUCUUGGGAAGGAUUUGAUGGAGGAGUGCGGGAAAAACAUUCCUAAUGUUGUGCUCAUGCAGGGCUAUGGAAUGACUGAAACGUGUGGGAUAGUCUCUGUGGAGGACCCGAGGCUCGGGAAAAGGAACUCUGGUUCAGCUGGAAUGCUUGCUCCUGGUAUUGAAGCUCAGAUAGUGAGUGUAGAAUCUGGAAAGCCUCAACCUCCUAACCAACAAGGGGAGAUAUGGGUUCGAGGCCCUAACAUGAUGAAAGGUUAUUUCAAUAACCCUCAGGCUACUAAAGAAACAAUAGAUAGGAAAGGUUGGGUACAUACAGGAGAUCUUGGUUACUUCAACGAAGAUGGUAACCUUUUCGUUGUCGAUCGACUCAAAGAGCUUAUCAAAUACAAAGGCUUCCAGGUCGCUCCAGCUGAACUAGAAGGUCUACUUGUAUCUCAUCCUGAGAUACUAGAUGCUGUCGUUAUCCCGUUACCUGAUGAAGAAGCUGGUGAAGUUCCAAUUGCAUUUGUUGUACGGUCACCAAGUAGCUCAAUAACAGAGGAAGAUAUUCAAAAGUUCAUAGCCAAACAGGUUGCUCCUUACAAAAGAUUAAGGAGAGUGAGCUUCAUUAGCACCGUUCCAAAAUCUGCUGCUGGUAAAAUCUUGAGAAGGGAACUUGUUCAGCAAGUAAGAUCCAAGAUGUGAAGCAUCUUUUAUUACCAAGGAGGCGGAGAUAGAGAUCAGAAUCAUCUCUGUGUCGUCUUGUUCUUUUCACGUUUUUAUGUACUAUUUCAAAUUAAACAGUAGCACAACUGCACAAAGUGAACAAAAAUAGUUGAAGAACAAACGUCAUAUACAUACACAAUGUUCUCUCUCUACAUUUAGCACUAAACAAGCACAUGUUUAUUUGUUCAAAAAAGAAAAAAAACAAGCACAUGUUUCUUCA